AUGAAUUCAUUAGAAGAAGAAAUGGAGUUGAUGAGGGAUAAUCCUCUAUAUAAAGAGCCUUUUGAAGCUCAUGAUUAUGAUUUCUUCUUGCCAGAUCUUGAGGCUUUAAAUGCUUCCGUGAUUGGUAUGCAAAAGAAGUACGAGGCAUUGGAAGGAGAGCACAGCAAAAAUGUUGUUGCUAUCCUCCGCCACCUCAUUCGCGAUGUCAAAACUUCGUCUCGUGAUAAGAUUCUACAGAAAGUAUCUUGUGUGUUACUCAAAGAAAAAUAUGAGCAACUCAAAGCAGCAGAAGAAGCUGCCAGAAAAUCUGAUUUAGAACUCCAACUUAAAAAAGAUACUUUGUCCAAUAGAGAACAGGAACUUUCACAGCGUAUCAAAAAUGUAUCAGUGGGUUCUGACGUUCAAAAGGCUUUUGAUGAAUUGUUGAAGAAGUUUCAACAAGUCUCCGUGUCAAAUAAAGAGGCUACCGAAGAGGUUAUGAAGUCCAAUCCAGAAUCUUUGAACGCGUUUAUGAAGACUUUAAAGACAUCAAUCAAUGAUGUUGCUGAGUCUUCAAUGAAUUCCCAACUGUCGAAUUCGUCCAAGAAGUCAAUUGAUGAAACAUUCAAACAAGCAAAGAAGUCGAUUGAUGAUUCGAAGAUUUCUAUCGAGGAAGGGGUCAAGAACUUAGACGAAUCUAUCAGAUCCGCAACCUCGGUAAUUGAUGAAGGGGUCAAGUCUGUAACAAAAACCAUAACUGAUGCAAGUAUUACCCUUGACAGCUCUGUGGAUAAAGUCAAGAUUUCCCUGGAAGAGAAAACCAAGGCAUCGAUUGAUGAGUUUGUUACCUCGGCAAAGGCCACCAUUGACGACAAUGUGAAAUCAUCAAAUGAUAAAUUUCUUACGUCCAUGAAAGAGGCUAUUGGUAAUGCCAUCAAAACUGGGAGGGCAUCUGCUGAGAGUAGGAGAUACACUUCUUACGAGAAAGGCUCAAUUCAGGUACAGUUAGAUGCGCAAAAGACUAACUUGGCUCGUGUGACUGGAGAAAGAGAUACCUUGGAGCUCGAGAAAUCCACGCUCCAAGCCGAAAAAGCUUUACUAGAUACUCGAGUUUCCACUCUUCAGAACCGAGUCUUGACACUCUCAAAUGAGAAAUCAAAGAUCGCUGCUCUGGAGAAGACUGUUAUCAAUCGUGACGAAAUGAUUAAAGCACUUGAGAAUACCAUAAUCCCUCGUGACAACUUGACUCAACAGCUACUUGAUCAAAGUCAGACAAUACAACAGCUUCAAAGUAUUGACUAUGAGAAAGUGUUAGAGGACCAAAAAGCCAUCGAUGAAGCACAUCAAAAAGAGAACAACAAUCACCUUGAUCAAAUCAGGGAAUCUCACAUAAAACAGCUUGCUGACAUGGAGAACAAACAUGCGCGCCACUUGGAACAUAUUCUAAAUUAUCAAAAUGAAUUUGUCACAAACUUGUUGAAGGUUGCCAAAGUUCCAGUAGCUCCUUGUCCGAGUUGCGCCCAACAUGAAGGACAAAUUGCUUCACUCAAGAGAGAUCGUCUAGCAAAAGAUAGUGAGGUAAAAAUCCUCCGGGAUCAGGUUGGCACGAUAAAAGGAGCCAUAACCUCCCAAACAGAAUUGGUCAAACUUCGAAGUACACUCUAUGAAGAUAUCAUGUCAUUUAAGAGUAAAAAGGAGGCACGAGAACAAGCCCUCGCGUCUAUGACUAAAGACCGGGAUCAAUGGCGCGAUAUGCAUCACAGCUGUCAAGUCAGAAAGCUGAAGAGUUCUAAAAGCUUAGUCUAG